AUUAUCUGCACGUCGUCAACAGCCUAGUCGGCAACAUUACAAUAAUAACGUUGCCACAGGAACAAAAUACUAAAUAUGAAUACAUAUCGAUAAAGCAUAUUGUAUGUUUGCAAUUACAUGAUAUGUAUUUUGAACCACGAAGUAAUUUUUGCUAGAAGUAUUUCAAAGCGUGUGUAUACACUCGUUAUCUUGUUCCGCUCUACUCUAAUUUCCGGCCUCGCUUGUAACUACAUCUAGCGACAUUACUCAAUAGGUCGUUUGGAAACGGGUAUGUCGAGACGAAAUGGACUCUGCUGUGCUUCAAGAAACGCUUAAAAGAUUGGAUCGACUUGAGCAAAUCUUAGAGAAGGUUGAGAAUAACACCAGGGCUGCUCCACAGGAGAUAUGGCACGUUCAGCGAGAAGACAAGGUGAAUAUCUCAGUACGGAUUAACAUUCAGACUGUUGGUGACAUAGAUAAUGUGAAUCAGCAGUUUUAUUUGUACUUUAUUUUGUUCUUGGAAUGGAGGGAACCGCGUUUGAAGGGAAUGAGUCGAGAGGAUGUCGUGUGGAAUGAACAAUGGGAUCCAAGGAUUAAUUUCAAAAAUCAACUGACCGUGGAGAGACUGGAAAAGAAACAUAAAUUGAAAUAUGAACCCAGAAGAUAACAUCCCAAAAGUGAACCUGUCGAUUUAUGUCGCUGGGACUUUCAAGGAAAUCUUCGAGUUGGAUGAUUUUUCAUUUGAUUACCAGAACUUGACAAUACAGUUGGACUCAGACUGGCCAGAAUCUAUUCUGUCGCUAGAAAAAAGUAAUGAAAUGAAAGAUAGUGUUGUGUUACGGACAUUCGCAGAUUGUCACGAAUGGACGCGCUCUGUUCUCAUGCGGUGGCUGGUAGAGUUGAAUCAAACCAACACCAUGCCGGCUCGCACAAGAGAUACCCACAUUAUUCAAUCACGUGCCAUGUCAAGAGAAAACCUAACUUCUACACGUGGAAUGUUGCGCUAAUUGUGAGCCUUAUCAUGGCACUGACGUUUUGUUCCUUCGCUGUUGACAUCACUUCACCGGAAGAAAGACUUGGUGUAACUUUAACUUUGCUUCUAACAUCGGUCGCAUUCAAGUUUGUUGUAGCCCAGAGUCUUCCUAAUGUCAGCUAUUUAACAUACUUGGAUCAAUAUGUGAUAAGCUGUAUGGUAAUCCAGUGUGUUAUAGCCAUUCUUAACACCAUUGGAGGAAAGGUCUCGGCGGAAAAUCAAGACAAAUUCGAUACAGUUUCUUUGUGUAUUCUCGGAGGAAUUGUUGUUAUCCUUCAUCUUAUUUUUACAGUCCUGCUCACGAUAAAGGUAAAAAUGGUUAGGAAAAUAAAUACGUUCUUGAAUGGAGUGACAAAAGAAUAUGAUAGAUUAGCUGCAGAAUAUGAUGAAAAAUAUCAACAGAAAAAGUCUUUGAAAUCGCAGAAUAAACAGAAAACUGAAGAAAAUGCUCAAGAGGAUGUGUCAAAAAACGCUCUUCAAAAUAGGAAAAAGGACAAGAAAAUGAGCCUGGUGGAGGAUUUUUACCAAGGCAAUGAUCUCUCAAACCAAUUUCAUUAUUCUCUGCAGGUGGAUCCAUAGUCUAUCUUUGCGUUCUCUUCUGUUAAACAUUCCUCUGAAUUCAAGGCACAUUGCAUGUAAGAGUCGUUAAGGUUCUUUAAUAAAAUCAACAUGCAGAAUUUAGAGUGGUUUAAAACCGCGCAGAAAUUGCGCGUUGAA